AUGAUCCAAUCGAUUUUCAUGGACAUAUUUGAACAUCCAGGCAGGUACAUUACAGUAAUCAGUAGAAGGUUAACUUCAAGAAUGAAAGGUGCAAAACCUCCAAGUUGAUAGGUUUCUAUCUUAUCACUUUACUGAUUUGAAAUUCCCUAAAGGAUAUACACCUUGAAAAACUCUUUACUUUGACAAGGUCGUUUUGUGCAUUGAAAUCUUAAGAUUAUUUUGUGAACAAGAAUAAAGGGACAGCCAGAUCACAGAUUUGAAAUAUAUUCAGUCAGAAGAGUUACUUUGUGGAUACUACAAAUAUGGGAGGAAAAAUGCUAAAUAUUCUAAUAUGUCAAAUUUUCAUUGGAGCCACUUUUCUACAAUCCUCAAAAGCAGUUGAUUCGCAGAUGCUUAGUUUCCUUCUCAGUGAAAUGUCAACCUACAGAACCAUGACUUUGGAUAUGCAGAAUGAAAUAAAAGCGCUAAAGUCCACUGUAUCAAAUCUGACAUCACAGAAUGAUCACCUGCAAAGAAUGGUCACAUCACUGGAUUCCCAGACCAAACACCUUGAACAGGAGUUGGUGAAUAAUGUCAGUAAACUGAACACAGACAUUGUAACAGUGGACAGGGCCACAAACACCUCGGUCCUUUUUAUCCAGCUGGAAGAGAAAAUAUUUGAACAGCGCAUCGAGGAAGAACUUCGGAAUAUAUCCACUGAAUUCAAUGCAAAAUUAAACAAUUCAACCUUGAAUGUGAUCUUCUCUGCUCAUGGUGCUCCGGGGAACCUAAUGCAGCUUACUGGGGUCACAUUCACAAAAACCUCCAUUAACACACCACCCUCUUACAAUCACGCAAGUGGGAGAUACACUGUCCCAAAACAUGGUUUCUACAUACUGCACAUGACUGACAGCAUCACCACAGGAAUCAACAACAAAUCACCUUUCAUGGUUAAUGACAAACGCCAGCCAGGCUGCUUUAGUGCAAAUGGAACAGUUCCUGUGUGUCAAAUAUAUGUCCAACUUCAAGCUGGAGACCAAAUCUGGGUUCAGGAUUUCACAGAUUUCAUUCAUACCAAUAUAUCCAAAUUUUCCAUAUGGAAAAUAUAGUACAUUAAACUCCUUUCAAAAUGACUGUAGAUAACUAGUACAAAUUAAUUUUUUUAAGUACAGUGAAACUUGUUUAUAAGGAAUUACGUAGCUUUAUUUGUAAGAAAAUAUGGCUAUUAGGAAUUCAAAUAAGUGUUCCACCUUCUCAGUUUUAGAGCUAUAAAUUCUUUAAAUUUACAUGUUCUGACUGAGUUAAAAUCUCAAUUCAUGUAAUCAUAUUUCCCUUAAAUAUAUAUUGUACAAGAAAUAUAUCAGCCACAAAAUUAAAUUCUCUUUAACAAUACAGAGUAUGUUGAAACCAGUAUAUCAAUUAUAUGACUUCAUGUUUCAAUAUUUACAUUUCCAAUGUUUUUGUCUUUGACAAUUAAUCUUAUUGAAAAGCAAUUUCCACAUGAAUGUGUUGCAAUUGUGAACCAAGUGAGUAUAAAUCUUGAUAAAUAUAGACUGUUUAUUUUAAUGACUGGGAAUUCCAACAGAAAUGAAAGUAGAAAGAAAAUAUAAAAACUAAAUUUCGUUUUUGACAGUAUGAUUUGAGAUUGCUUCAUAUUGACAUACUUUUCAUGAAGCGCUAACACGCGUCAUGAAGUAUGCUGGCAUGAAGCAUCACAAUUCAUACCCUGACGUAUUUACAACAAUGAAAUUUACUUCUCUGAUAUACGGAACUUGCUUGUAAAUAUAUAUUAAAAAAACUCCCUAAUAUGGCUAUAAGAAAAUCUUGUUUUAAUAUCAGGAAUUCAAUGUUGGUGUCUCCUGUAAUUCUUUAAAAACAGGCUUUACUGUACAUGUAAAAUGUGUUGUACAUGCAUUUAUAGCGGUAUAAUAAAAGUGUCAGCAAGGAA